GAGUGUGGGACAACAAAUUAAAUUACAAGAGACUCAGCUUGGUAGGAGAUCAAGAGCGAAGCAGAAAAUGGGGAACUCAGUGGUCAUGGCGAUGAUGCUAAUCGCCGUCUUUACUUUCAGCGUUGUGUCGGCCGUGGACAAUAAGUGCUCCGCUUGUCACGCUGUUGCGGAUGAGUUAGAGUAUGGCCUUUCUAAUGAAAAACCAAGGAAUCAUUUGGAUAUGAGAAACCGUUUGAAUUCUAAAGGUCAGCGUGAAGGCAAGUUAAUUGACUACAGAGUUAGUGAACUUAGAGUUGUCGAACUCUUGGAUGGCCUUUGCGAAAAGAUGCUAGAUUAUACUCUUCAGAAGGUGGAUUCAACUGGGAGCUCGUGGGUUAGAGUAGACAACUGGGAUAAUGUUACGACUAACAAGCAAGAAGCUCGUGCACACUCUAAAGCAAUAUCGUCUUAUUGUGGAAGGUUACUGGAGGAAACUGAAGAUGAGUUGGCGGAAGUGAUAAAGAAAGGUACCCUUGAAGUGGGAAGUGUAAGCAAGGUUCUAUGUGUAGAUUUGAGCAAGCACUGCACCGGCUCAAGCAAUUCUCAGCAAGUUGACGAUGAUUCAGAUGAAGAACUCUAAUUGAUCCAUCAGAGAAAAGUGAUGCUGUCAAAGAAAAUAGAUGUAAUGUAAACCAGUUUUGUUAAGAGGAAAAAUCUUUGUGGUUGUUGAUCCAGUCUCUGCAAGCCAACAAUAAAAAUCUUCAUAGUUGUUAAUCCUGUUCCUGCGAACAACAAAUUUUGUUUCAAUGCGAAAAUGACGCUCAUGUUUCUGUUUGUGGCCAUUUGCCAACUUGAAACUAGUCAUUAAACACCAACAA